AUGCUCGAAAAGAAUGUUGUUGUUGUUGGAGCCGGUGUUGCGGGCUUAAUGACAGCUUUGCUAUUAUCUAAGAAGCAAGGAUACAAGAUUGUUGUUGCUGCCAAGCACAUGCCGGGUGACUAUGACAUCGAAUAUGCCUCACCAUGGGCUGGUGCAAAUUACGUGCCUGUCUCAAUCAAUGGAACCAAGGCGGCAAAAUGGGACGCCGAAUCUUGGGAACCACUUGCAGAUUUUGCGAAAAAUCAUCCGAGGCAGGUGUGCACUUUCAGGGACCGAGAAAUCACGAGCACGGAAAAUUGA